UUGGGCUAAUUAAAUCCAUGAAUAUGCAUACUAUAGUUGGUAUAUCCUUCACUUUUCUUACAAUUUUUAUGCUCUUCAAUGGCCUAAGAAUUGUAGAAUCAUUAAACCAAUCAUCGUUUUCUUGUUCGAAAAAUGUUUACGAAAAGAGGGAGCUUGCUCGUAUCCAAAAUACCUUCAAACUACCUUCUUCAUUACCUAGUUGGCCUCCAGGUGGAGGUUUUGCGGGUGGAACCAUAGAUUUAGGAGGAUUACAAGUGAGUCAAGUAACAACAUUUAACAAGAUUUGGGCAGCAAAUGAGGGAGGACCCGGCAAUGUUGGUGCAACAUUUUAUGACCCGGCUUCAAUCCCUAAAGGAUUUUCUGUUUUAGGUUGUUAUAGCCAAUCCAACAACUUGCCAUUAUUUGGGCAUCUUCUUGUGGGAAAAGAUGUCUCGAAUGACACUUCAAAUCCUACUCUCAAAUUACCAAUUGAUUACACUCUUGUUUGGAGUAGUGUCUCUCUCAAUAUCAAGAAAAAUGGUGAUGGAUAUAUUUGGUUCCCGAACCCACCGGAUGGCUAUAAGGCCGUUGGGUAUGUUGUUACCGCCUCAUCAGCAAAACCUCCUCUUGAUAAAGUUAGUUGUGUGAGGUCUGAUUUAACGGAUUCUUUGGAGAGUGACGUAUGGGUUUGGGGUCCGAGUAAUAGUUUAAAUGUUAAUGGGUUCAAUGUGUAUAGUUCUAGGCCAACAAAUAGAGGUGUUGGAGCAAUGAGUGCAUCUAUAGGAGGUUUUGUAGUUCAAAAUGGGAAUGGAAGUAACACAUUUUCGUUAUCUUGUUUGAAGAACUUGAAGGGAAGUUUAGUAAAUGUAAUGCCAAAUUUGAAACAAAUAGAAACACUAAUUCAAACGUAUUCUCCUGUGGUUUAUUUUCAUCCGAAUGAACCAUACCUCCCCUCAUCGGUUAAUUGGUUCUUUCAAAAUGGUGCAUUGCUUUAUCACGAAGGGGAUGAGUCCAACCCUAGCCCUAUUAACCAAGAUGGAUCAAAUCUCCCACAAGGUGGUUCAAAUGAUGGUACUUAUUGGAUAGACUUACCAAAAGAUAGUUCAAGUAAAGAAAGGGUCAAGAAAGGUGACUUAGAAGAUGCAAAUGCGUAUUUCCAUGUUAAACCUAUGUAUGGAGGGUUAUUUACCGAUAUUGCUAUUUGGUUAUUUUACCCUUUCAAUGGUGCAUCAAGAGCUAAAGUUGAGUUCAUCAACAUUUCAUUGGGAAAAAUAGGGGAACAUGUUGGUGAUUGGGAACAUGUCACAUUAAGGGUUAGUAAUUUGAAUGGCGAGUUAAAUAGUGUCUUUUACUCGCAACAUAGUUGGGGGACAUGGGUGAGCGCUUCGGUUCUUGAGUAUGCAAAUGGUAAUAAACCAAUUGUGUACUCGUCGUUGAACGCUCAUGCAUCUUAUCCUAAGCCGGGAUUAGUCUUGCUUGGUCCUUCAGGGGUUGAUAUCGGGAUCAGAGAUGAUACAGCCAAGAGCGAUAAGGUGAUGGACACGGGACUUAGGGCGAUAGUGGUCUCGGCCGAGUAUUUAGGGUCCGCGGUUGUUGAACCUCCAUGGCUAAACUUUUUAAGAAAAUGGGGUCCAAAAAUUGAUUAUGACCUUGAUAAAGAAAUUAAUAAAGUGGAGAAGGUUUUGAUAGGGAAGGUGAAAAAGGCCUUUGAGAAUAUUGUGAAGAGUCUUCCAAGAGAGGUCUUGGGUGAAGAAGGGCCCACUGGGCCUAAAGUGAAAAACAGUUGGAGUGGAGAUGAAAUGUCUUAAAUUGUUGAUUCGUAAUAUAGUCGUAUAUGUUUUGUUACAAAAUAUAAUUUUAAAAGUUUUAUACAAUUCAUAUUCUGGUUUUCAUUA